AGGUUGGUAGGUAUCCGUAGGCAGGUAGAUGUUCGUAAAGAGUAUGGAAUAUGGAGCCAAAGCUGGCUGGCGAUAGGCGAGAGAAGAAGAAAGAAUGGGGGGCGCGCCCGGUAGAUUGGUUACAUGGCCCUGCCUGUCAGUCAAGCUGUGAUGGGAUACGACAGGGUGAGGUCAGGGAGACACUCCAAGGUACCUCCCUGUAGAACUACAGAAGGCACGUCAGGCCUUUGGAUUAGAGACGGAUCCAUCCAACCAGUUCGUUUCGUGGCGGGCACAAGCGAAGAAAGGCUGGUCUGGUCUGGUCAUUAUGGGGAGGAAGGAGUCUGGGGGUGUUUUCAGGAAUCGUAUGGACGGUGGGUUCGGGGCUUCCCAAGGGCCAAGGCCGGGCCAAGGAAGGGAGACGAGCUGGACCAAUACCGAGGGAGGAGGAGAAACAAGAAGGGAAAGAGAGAAAAGAAAGAAAAAGAAAAAACGGCACAAAAAUCGAGUGGCUGGAAAGAACAAACUUCCCUCAGGCACACACACACAGAGAGACUGACCAGUAUUUUGUACUGCGUUGGAUUCCUAUUCUCCCAAACCUUACUUGGUGUUGGUUCCCUUCACUUAGUCGUCUUUCUAAAAGGUUUCAUUCAAGCCAAGGGGAAAAAACUUGCUUCCACUUUGUAAUUUUGAAGUAAAUGAAUAAACAUAUACACAAAUUGUGUUUGGACUCUUUCCUUCUCUUCUUGCAGGUGCAUUUGUCCCGUGAUACCCUCCCUACCUGUGCACCAACUCUGCAGGGAAGGUGUGUGUAGCCAGCAGCAGUAGCUCCGCCAGGGGGGCUCAAAUAAGGAACAUACCCACCACCAGAGUGUCCUCUAUCGGCUCUGGAGCGCCCUACACUGACCGAUGGCGGCCAGCCAAAGUGGGGC